CCACGAAAAGACCCCUGAACCGCCGAAUAUGCGGUGCGUAUGUAUUGGUCACAGUUUCUCAUUAAUCCAAAGGCGAAAACGAAAUCUUUUGCGCAACAAUCAAACAAUACCGGUAGAGGGCCGCCAUUCUACCACUUAUUACCAGCAAGCUUUUGACUUUGACCAUGAUGAACGUCCCUGCCCAUAUUGUCCGUGCCAAUGGCACCGCCGUUUCCAUGUUGAUGGAGGGGCGCGAGGACGAGAGCGUAAAACUUCUCCAUAAGACGCUCAGCGAAUUGAGAGAGUUGGUCUUUUCCAUGGAAGAGGACAACGAUGAUGAUGAAGUGCUCUUGCCGCCACCCUCCGUCGUUCUCCAGAGCAUCAAGAUACCGUUCGAUUCGUCGCCGUCAUUGAAUGUUGGUGCGUUUUCGUUCUUCAAUCGAGCGAUUGUCAUGCCCGCAACAAGUGACGUGACCAUGGACCAAUUCAAGUUAGGAGCGAUCCUUCUUUACAAUGCAGGUUUUUGUUGCCACUUGAAAUUGAUGCAAACUGGCUUGUCUCGGGACUUGACAAGAGCCCUGGGCUUCUAUCGACAUGCCUUUCAGCUUCUGACCGACACGGAUGCGAUCUUGGGGAUCAGCGACGACGACGCUCUGUUGGUUCUCUCCCUUGCCAACAACAUGGGUCACUUGCAUUCGAGCCUCUUUGAUCGAACUGCGUCCCGAACGUGCUGGGACAUGAUGCAGAACCUCUUCCCGGCAUCUGCAGAAGAAACGAUCCUGGACGACGACGAUGCUCUCUUUUUCUAUCUUGCAACCUUUCUCGUCCCCUUUGACCACUUAUCCGCUUCGCCUGCGGCGUAAGCUUACUGAUACAUACCAUAUCAUACAGCCGGACCUCACGACCUCACACACCGAAGAACGCACCUCAGUCAAGCUUGCAUGAAUGAAUAUACCUUGCACACAUCAUACGCACAGCAUCACAAAAUCAGGGGCUGUUUCUUUUGAUUAUCUUCUCUUGUCUCUGAAUUCCUCUUUGGCUUCUUCCUCGUUAGACUUGCAAAUCCCCCCAAGUAACUAAAACUAAAACUAAAAUAGACCAACACAUACAAAGU